GCGCGGCACAGGGCUCGGGGUCUGGGGCUCGCGGCGCUUCAUUGAGAAAAAUCACGGAGUUUUCUGUGGGAGCAGCUCGCGCGGUGAUGUAGGGGAGGAAACCGCGUCCAGCUCGUUUAUUUACACACCGAGAGACUCCCGGAGCAGGGUGAGGACUCCUCCUGCAACAUGGACGGCUUUUAUGAUCAACAGGUCCCCUUCAUGGUGCCCGAGAGUAAAUGUCACAUAGAGGAAGCGGAGAGAUGUCUCAGCGAGCGGAAGAGGAAGUUCAUGGACACAGAGCUGGCUCAGGACACAGAAGAGCUCUUUCAAGAUCUGAGCCAGCUCCAGGAGAUCUGGAUCGCAGAAGCUCAGGUUCCCGAUGACGAGCAGUUUGUUCCAGAUUUCCAGUCCAAUAACCUGAUGCUUCAUGGACUGCCCGUCAGCAAAGUGAAGCGGGAGCCCAGUCCGACUAAAGACCUGUCCCCCUGCAGAAGGCCUCAUGCUGACAUGUGCCUUUACAGUUACAGUGCCUGUGACAACAAGCCAGCCGGGCUCAAAGCUCUGCCUCCUUCUGCACCGGCACAGUGUGCCUCCACCCACCCUGCUGGACCUCCACCAGUACAGAGGCAGCUACAACCUCCUGCCCCCCAGCUGACCAACAUUCCUGCCUUGAGCCCGUCUCACCACCACAACCUCGCGCAGGCGAACCAAAGCCAGCAGUUCGCUCUGCCGCGCCCUCCCAUCAGCCGACCCGGUGCCUCCUUCGGCACAGAGCAGAGGUUUCAGAGGCAGCUGUCGGAGCCCUCCUUGGUGAACGCGCCGUAUCAACCCUCGAGACGGGACGGGCGACCGCUGUACCAGCGACACCUUUCCGAGCCCCUGGUUCCCCACGGACCCCGAGGGUUCAAACAGGAGCUACUGGAUCCACGGUACCCAGAGCCGGGGCCACCUGCUCCGGGUCUGAGCCGCCCGCAAACCGCCUUCAACCAUGUCACAAUCAAACAAGAGCCGAGAGACUUUGGCUUCGACUCAGAGGUUCAAACCUGCCAGUCGUCCUCAUUCGGGAAGUCCCCAGUCCUGUACCAGAAUAACAACGUUGGGUUUCCUCAUGACAGAGAGCCACAUCUGUACUACGACGACACCUGUGUUGUGCCGGAAAGGCUGGAAGCAGGUAAAGUGAAGCAGGAGGGUCUGCCGUACCAGCGCCGCGGCUCCCUGCAGCUCUGGCAGUUCCUGCUCACGCUGCUGGACAACCCGGCCAACGGACACCUGAUCGUGUGGACGGGACGAAACAUGGAGUUCAAACUAAUCGACCCCGAAGAGGUGGCUCGGCUCUGGGGGAUCCAGAAGAAUCGUCCGGCCAUGAACUACGACAAGCUGAGCCGCUCGCUGAGAUACUACUACGAGAAAGGCAUCAUGCAGAAGGUAAAGGUGGCCGGGGAAAGAUACGUCUACAAGUUCGUAUGCAACCCCGAGGCGCUUUUCUCCAUGGCGUUCCCAGACAACCAGAGGCCGAGCCUCAAGGCCGACCCGGACGCCGCCUUGCCUCCAAACGAGGAGGAAGGCCUCCCGCUGCCCAGCUACGAGGAGGAGGGUCCGUACCUGGCUGAAGGAGGCGAGCAGUGCAUGCAGGGACUGGCUUUCCCCGACAGCUACCCGUACUAGACUCCACAGCCCGGCAGCUGGAGGAGACGUUUUGUAUUUACUGAGCAGUGCCCCACUUUGUAAUCAAAAGAAUAUUAAUAUUAUUCUUUUGCCAAAAGUUUUAUCUGCUAAAUUAUGAUUUAGCCUAAAAAAAAAACGGAGCAUCUCCGAGACUUUGAAAUUGGACUCACUCCCUCGGAGAAAAUGCAAGACUGUUGUGAUUUGGUUUUAUUUGUAACGACGGGUAAAGACCAAUGUUUUCCACAAAAAAAGAAAAAACAAAUGUGAUAUUACAAGAAAGUCUGAAUAUUUCACGAUGAAGUUGUAAUGUUACAGGAAAAAGUUUAUUUUUACAAGAAUGAGGGGGGAAAAAGUCACAAUAUUUCAAGAUUUUAUGAGAUUGUGGAUCGACAUUUUGAGGAGGAAAGAGUCAUUUUAUGAGAAUAUAUAAUAUGAUUUAAUAAAGGUCAGAACAUAAAGAUAAAAUCUGAAUAUUAGGAGAAUAAAGCUCCAACUUUUCUCAAUAAUAUUACAGUUUCUGCAUCUCUACGUUUAAAAUAUUCCAACUUUUCCCCCUCCUCGAUAUUUAAAUCAGAUUACUUUCGUCCCCGUCACGGUGACCGCAAUGCACGGUUGUAAUGUAGUAGCAUGGCCGGCCCGCUGUAGUCCUCCCGUACAUGAACUCUGGGAUCUGUAUUUUAACCAAAAAGUAUCUCAAAGCCAUGGCACUCCUCUGACUAAUUCACUUCUAAUUGUUUUUUUGGGUAAACCUUGUACUGCUUGAAAGGGACACGUGUAUUUUCCUGCUAUAAACAUGUAUAUUGAAAUGUCUUUUUGUGUACUUGUUCUCAAAGCUAAUAUUUUUGGCAUUAUAUGGACUUUUAUGACAAAGGUACUACUCCUAUUUUUGAUUCUCUAACACUGCCACUAUGAUGCUAAUUCUGAGCAUGGACUUUUCUUACAAACGCCUCACCAGUUAUUGUACUCAGAUAGUUUUUCUGCAUUUUUGUAUAGUUGAUUUGCUUCAGUGUGUAGGAAAGGAAUAUAUUUUUCCAACAGGCCUGCUAAUGUCCUGCGUCGGUUUCAGCCUCUCUGAGGUGGAAUAGAAACAUGGAUGUAAUGGUAUAUUUUGCUAUAUGGUCACAUGGAGGAGGGAGGUGGUGUUUGAUUGAGGCUGGAGAAAGAUACUGACACUGGUCUGUGUGUCCUGACCCUCAGAUACUGUAUGUGUGCCUUCUGUUGAUCUUUACUGAUAUAAUAAACUAUUUUACUCUUUUC